CAGCUUCGAGAGACAAAACUCUCAGAGUGUGGGACCUGAAAGAUGAUGGAAACAUGAUGAAAGUGUUGAGGGGACAUCAGAACUGGGUGUACAACUGUGCAUUUUCUCCUGACUCUUCUAUGCUGUGUUCAGUGGGAGCCAGUAAAGCAGUAUGUGUCCAAGUUCUUAUGCAUUCAAUGUGAAUUGGAUUAUAAUAAUGUAUGCAAAAUCAUUUUAAAUUUCAGUAGCCUGUUUAGUGUGUGCUCGGUGUCAUGAAUAUCUUAAAAGUUUCAUGAUGGGGAGAAUUUGCAUGAAGAAAAUGAAAGAAUAUUGAUUAUGAAGUGAGAAGUUUGAUACUUCUUAGGAAUAAUUGUAAAAUAAGGGGUAUGUUAGGUUUGUUUUUUUAGGAUACAGAAGAAAUUGUUUGGUUUUGUAUUUAUAGGGGAGCUUAUAUGCUUCAAAAGAGUUCAUGUGUUAAAACGUUCUCUCACUAAUUACUAUUUUCUUCUGUUCUAUUUUUUUGGUCCAGUUUGCUGUUUUUAAAGUUUUGAUUCCCAGCUGAUCCUGGACACUUAACUGAAAAAAAAGUAACUUAAAAACUCAAUAAUAGGAGUUAAGAAUAACACUCAUGUGUAUCCUAGAGUGAAUGAUAAUUCAGGUUUUGAUGCCGUUAAUGUAGCAUAUUUAUGGGAACUAGCACAGUGACUCGUGAGAGGGUUAUGCUGUUAAUGAGCUCUAUAAUUUGUUUGCCAGUUCUGAGUUAGUCCAGGUAAAGGGGCCUCUAUAGUUUCCUAUGAAAUGGUUGAAGUCCAAAUACAUGUGAUGAUCACAGUAUGCUUUCUUAAUGAGGGGUGGGAGGCUCGUUAAAAUGCCUUUUGUUUAGAGAUGUUAAAAUGAUAGUUGCAAAUGUUGGAAGUUUAGAACAAGGCAUUCAGCUUAGUGUUUUUAAGAAAUAAGAACAAAGCUAGAUGUUGACAUUGCUAUUUUAGGCUGUGUGUUUUCCAUAUGCUUCUUGCUUUCCCUGUCACAGGUGGUGGCAGCAAUAUUGGUGUGAUUGAGGUUAUGCUGGCACCACUCGCACACAGGCGCACAUGGUGUGUUAGCUGGGCAGAAAGAGUGGCAUCUCUGGCUACCGGGCUGGGGGCGACCUUUACCAUAGGAUGAAGUAACCUUGCAUUCGGCUGCAAGGUGUACUGUACGUACAGGUUUUUCUUUGGAAUAUGGAUACAUAUACCAUGAUACGGAAACUAGAAGGACAUUACCAUGAUGUUGUAGCUUGUGAUUUUUCUCCUGAUGGAGCAUUGCUGGCUACGGCAUCUUAUGAUACUCGAGUGUAUAUCUGGGAUCCUUAUAUUGGAGAAAUUCUGAUGGAAUUUGGGCACCUGUUUCCCCCUCCCACUCCAAUAUUUGCUGGAGGAGCAAAUGACCGAUGGGUGCGAUCUGUGUCUUUUAGUCAUGACGGACUGCAUAUUGCAAGCCUUGCUGAUGACAAAAUGGUGAGGUUCUGGCGAAUUGAUGAAGAUCAUCCAGUUCAAGUUGCCCCUUUGAACAAUGGUCUUUGUUGUGCCUUUUCUACUGAUGGCAGUGUUUUAGCUGCUGGGACACAGGAUGGAAGUGUGUAUUUCUGGGCCACUCCCAGGCAGGUCCCUAGCCUUCAACAUUUGUGUCGCAUGUCAGUCCGAAGAGUGAUGUCCACUCAUGAAGUCCAGGAGCUGCCCAUUCCUCUCAAAGUUCUGGAGUUUCUCUCCUAUCAGAGUUAGAGACUCUGCCUUCCCUAAUCCAGGGCCUGGCAGAGUACACUUUACGCCAACCUCAAGCUUUACUUCAGUAUCUGUUUUGGUGCAUUCUUGUACUGCAUUUUGAUGAGUUUAAAAUAUUAUUUAUAGGGGACCUAUUUCUGAACAUAUCAAAUGUAAAUUUUUAAAGGUAUAACUGUGAAAACUUGUAUGCAUACAUGUACAUAUUUAGAUAUAAGCUACUGCGAGUGGAGUGGACUCUGGCUUUUCUUAUUUCUAGUUCUGAUUGUGGAUACAGUGCUUCAGUAGAGCCACAGUGCGUGGCUUUGCUGUAAAGGAGAAAUUCGA